AUGACGCAACUUUACAGUGCCGUUGAUUUCAGGACGGCUCCUCACGACCUCCCAUGUCGCAGGGUCGCCGAUGCCCAACAGUCUGGAGCGAUCCCCACCUUUCCCUAUUUCAACUGUGCAAGAUGGAUCUCAUCUUAUCGCAUCUCGCCAAAUUUCAAGGCGUAUGGCGGCGGCACGUACUGCUUCACUUUGACCGUGAAAUCCCCUCCUGGAUGCACUUCCUACUGCUGCACGAAGUCGGACGUCAAGAAAAUAGAGUUCAACGUCCGCAGGGAAUGCAACGUCCUCGGCGCAGUGAUUAAGUCCACCGUCAACGGCGCACCGACCAGGAUCGGUCCCGCCUUCGAGUACCCGCCCGCUGGUCCCCCCGGCAGCGCCAUCCUCCGCCUCACACAGCUGGGGCUGGGGCCCGGUGACGAUGGCGCCCAGGUGUGUCUAACCUUGGCAGCCAAUGCCCUGGGCCGCGGCUGCAGUACCCUUGAGGAGCUCUGUGUCCCCCCCCCUGGGAGGCCAGGGAGCACCUGCUCGGUAGCGCUGUUCGACUCCCAGCUAGACUGCUGCCCAAUAUCGACUGUAAGCGCGCCAAUCCCACAGACGCCACCGCUGCUGGCUGGGCGGGACGGGCCCUUCCCCCCUACCAUUUACCCGCCGCCGCCGCCGCCUCUGCCGCCGCCAGCUACCCCUACCCCGUGCACGGUCUGCGCCUACCUCACCCUCACACCGUCCAGCCCCAUCUACCCGAUCAGCAUUACGACCGAACAGUGCGACAACUUCGCGGAGAUAAUUACUGCUGACGUCAGCUCACAGGCCGAAAUGGUGGCUGCCCCUCUGCUCGACAUGCCGUACACCACUUCCUGCUCCGAAACCCAGAUCAAGGUCUGCGGCACCUUCAAAAGCGCAGUAGAAACCGCCAGCCUGCAGACCUGGGUCACGAGCCGAGUGGCUCACUGGCUGUCGCUCGCCACCGGCGACAGCAGCAGCGGCAGCGGCGGCAGUUGCCCGGCCUUUCUGUACGGCUAUCGAGUAACCGUAACAGUUGGCGGCGAUGGGCAAUGGCCCACCAUACCCGCCAGCUGCUUGUCUGCCAGCGUGUCGACUGUGUGUGAGGCCCAGCCAGUUCCCUACCCCAAAUGCGCGUGCAACUCCAGGCCCCGCGCCACUCCCUUCGCCGCCAUACCCCUCAUCUUUAAGGCUCCGGGGCGCACGAGUUCUACCACAUUGUACUGCUUUACAACUGAUGUCAUCAGUCCGUACUCUUCGACCGGAAGCUGCGGCUCCAGCACCACGCUGCUGAAGGCGGAGAUAUGGGCCAACGAAGCGAAGCGGCGCAAGGUGGUGGCCAUCGCCGUACAGCCCGCCAACUCGACCGAUCUCACCUUCCAUGCGCCGACCUGGGGCGCCGUGGGCGAGCAGACCCUGAAGGCUACGCCGCUGAUGUGGGACCUGACCCAGGCCAACGGCGGCAAGAUCUGCCUGGAGCUGGACAAGGCCACGGACCUGGGCUCGUUCUGCAACAACGUCCCGGGCUCACCGCCUACUUGCUGGAUCACUUUCUUCUCGCCGGACAAGAAAUGCUGUCCCCUCUUCGCGGCGUCUCUAAUGUAAUUGAAGAUUUUGAAGCUCGCGACAGGGGGCGAGCUUUUUCAAUGAACGGCGGUUGUUUUAGGGGCCGUAGGGAGGUUCCAUCUGUCAUUUGCGCGCGCGGCAAGCUUGGGUGAUUAAUUCUCCUGCCUGACUUGUAAAGCGUUUAGAUUGUAUAGUAUUAAUUGGGAUUUGCUGGUAUGCUGGAGUGCGCUUAGUAGCGAGGCCUGUUGUCGGCUUUUGGCGCUGCAGACACCGCCAAGGCCUGGCUCGAACAGCUAAGGUCUAUAGUGGGCAACCUCGAACGGUUAGAUGUUUUCUGCAGUAAAUGGCUUCAUCAGUUGAGAAGCCCCAAUUAUGUUUAGAUUGCAGCUUAGGUGUGGCAUGAGGAUACAUAGACGCCCCGCCGCGCACCGCGUUGUGUGCCAGCAGAGCUUCCGUUCUCCCCGCCAACAUGCACGCGAUGGAUCUCAUCUUCAAAGCGCGCGUGGGAUUCGUUCGCGGAUAGCGAA